AUGCUGCCAAUCAAACAAUUUUAUUAUUUCUCAAAAUUGUUUGGACUGGCUCCGUUUCCUUUGGAUGGAAUUGCGGCAAAGAAAGAAGUGCGUUUCUCCGCAGCCGCGGAUCUGCUCUUAACAGGUUUGGUAAUGCUGCUGUACGCUUCCAACCUAGUGAGCAUCCUGUGGAACAGCGAAGUAAGUUCAAGCAUCUCCAGAACGGCUAACUGGAUUCAGUUCGUCCCAAAUUCCUUCGCAUACAUUUUUGCAAUGGUUUUUGCCUACCGAAAGCGCGCAAUCAUCUGCGAUAUUUUGAGGAUGUUCGAGCUGUGCGAUGAGCGACUACUUUCGCAAUUCCGGUUAAGUACCGUUGAUUUGAAAAACAAGUUGAGAAAAACGUCACUAAUGGCAUGCCUUGUAACACUCAUCAGUGGUGGGGCAGCGUGCGGUUUUAACUUUACGAUUGCCGUUAGGUGGACCCACAUCUCGACGCUGUUCUACUGGUUGGCGUUUUGCAUUCCGAAGUUCGGUUUGCUACUGUACACCUUCCAGUUCGCAGGUUCCAUAAUGCUGCUAUCGGACCGUACUGUAUUACUACUAAAAGGAAUCAAUAAUUGUCUCACAGAAAUCAAUCAUCGAGAACUCAAAGGGUCUAGUGGAAGUCCAUCAGAAUCUACUGCCGACUACCGCAUGGUGAAGCCUCAGACCUCAGACACCCUCGAGGGCAUUCACCAGAUGGUCGAACACUUGCAGCAGUUGGCGAACAAUAUUAACGAUUGUUUCGGCAAACAGGCCAUAUUUUCGCUCCUUUCGGCCUUCAUCUGCAUUACGGUGCAGCUGUAUUAUCUGCUGAAUCUAAUCCGGUUCGGAUUCGCCACGCCCGGAGCGGCGUUUUACUGUCUAGCCUCCAUCAGUUUGCUGCUGCUGCACGGGAUCGAGUUCUAUGCACUCGUAACCAAUGGCGAUUUGGCACGGGUACACUGGCGACGGUUGAUGAACUGUCUGUUCGUGGCCAAAGCCAAGUCGGAUGAAGAAAACUUUCGAGCUAAGAUGGACGACCUGAUAGCGUUUAUGGGAUGUAAUAUUCCAGAAUUUCAUGCAUUCGGACUUUUUCCCAUCGAUUUGUCUGUUCUUACCGGAAUAGCAUCAUCAAUUGCAACUUAUCUCAUCGUUUUGGUUCAGUUCAAAGCAUCGGAAGAAGAGAACGGGGGAUUAGUUGAACCGGAAGUUAACUUUGAGCAGGACCCGCGCUUCGCUUAA